UGGUGGCUGACCAGUGACAGUGAAAGCGCGCCGAAUUCAUGGUGGAUGGUGGCAGAGCCCAACAUCUGGGUGCGGUGCAGCAUUCGUUUGCUUUGGCAGCCCUUCCUUUAGCAUGAAGUAAGGUACCUGGUAGAAGAGAGGUGCGCGCCACCCGAAUGGAGCGCUCAUCAAGCCAGUGCUUGAUCUUAGACGGCUCUAUCGGAAAUGGGUGUACGUUGAGUUUGGGUGACGCCUGUCCUGGCGGAAAAUGGCAAAGCAGGUGCUUCCAGAGAUCUCUUCCGUACUCCAAGCCGCAUAUGAAACGGAUGUGUACUGCGCGGCUCUUGGUGCAAGCCGUGCUGAUCAGGCAAGAGAAGACCUUUGAAAGCCCAAGUAUUGCACCUGACUGCCUCUCAGGCUCCCAUGAUCAGCCAGACUCCAGCGUUGCCAUGACUGCCUGGCCGCUACACCUUCUUGAGCACUUGAAGCCUUCAGCUAGUGGUGCUCGGAGAAUAGGCAGCCAGUACCCAAACCCUCAUGCCGUCAGCUCUGAAGCCCGGUUUGCCGGGCCCACAGAAGCAUCAAGCGCCGACGCGCCUGACUUGCUGACCAUUCUGCAGACCCGCUUGCAGGCUGCGGCUCUGGAACGGUCCGUUGUAAUCGCAGACAGGCGGCCGGUAGAUCUGGAAGCACCUGGGAAUCAGUCCUUGUCACCGGGCCAUAUUGGCGCCACUGUAGAGUCAGCCUUGAGUUCUGCAAAAGGGGCUGAUCGCGACGUGGCAUCUCCUUCCAAUGGAAUGCUGACACCACAGGAUGAUGCUAGUGACUCUGGGUUAGUUGAUGGGUUGAGACCUUCUUCGGAAGAUUUUGCAGGGGAGGGGAAGGUGGCGGUCAGGAUAGACCAAAAGAAGGGGGCCUCUAAGGAGAUUUCUCAUACGAUAAGAAAGAGGCAGGCGCGCUGGAUCAAUCCUGACAAGUUGUCCAGCCAGCAGAUUGAGGAGGGAAAGCUGGCGCCGGCAAAGGGAAAGAAUGUCCAGCGGUCGAGGAGAAGUCCUGGCUCUGAAGCGGCAGACGAUGGGCUGGUGGUAAGAAGCUUAGGCAAGCAGUCCAAAAGUUUCUCACUUGCUCGCGGAAGUCCUGUCGAUGGUAAUCUUCAAUCAGAUGAUCACUUGGGAAGCGGUGUGCCUAGUGGAAGAGAGCAUGACGGAACGGCCAGCAGAGAUACAAAGCUCCCGACGGGAAACGAAGAACGCAGAAUGGGACAAGUAGAGUUCAGUUCUGAUCUGGCAGCGACACCGGUAGGACCGUCAGACUGCACAGCCAAAAGGCAGCUUGAUCGGCGGAGGCAGAGCCACUGGAGUGCGAGCACCUCAAGCCCAACUUCCGACCCUGCCAAGCCGCUCCCGGCGUCCCUCGUCAGCACGUUCACCCUUCUUAACAAUGAGGGGAGCGAGUCAUUACCUGGGCUCAUUGCUUCGCUCGGGCAACGAGACGAUCUAGAUGAACGGUCCUGGGGCUUGUUGGUGGGACAGCUGGCAGCGGCCGGGAACCUGGAGGCUGCGCUGGAGUGUCAUGAGAGCCUCGUGCAGCGGGGGGGGUGCAUUUCCACCGCGGAUGCACUGGACUUUAUCAAGGCAAUAGAGUACCGUCGCAACACAAAGUCUCUGCUGACGGCGCUCAAGCAGUUCCGAGCUGCCCGGCGCUUGACGACGCCGAUCUUCAACGCGUUCCUUGUGGCCUUCAACAAGUGUGGAGAGCCACGACGCGCGGUGGUGAUGUUCCACAAGCUGGGUGCGGCUGUUAAGGUGGACCACUCUAGUUACCACGAGGUGCUCAAGGCCUGCCAGGAGCUGCGCCUCUGGGAGACGGCCAUGCACCUGCUCCGGGAAAUGGAGGCCACCGAAACCUGGCCGGACGUUGCUGACUACACCAUGGGCAUCACGGCGUGCGCCAGGGCUCGCCAGUGGACCAAAGCGUUGGACCUGCUAGAGGUCAUGGACCGAGUCGGCUGCCCGUGCAACACCGCUGCGAUCAACUCCGCGAUCAACGCGUGCGCGCGGGUUGGCGAAUGGCAGCACGCGCUGCGCCUCCUCCUCCGGAUGCGCGACCUGGGGCUGGCCCCGAACGUGGUGACGUGGAGCUCUCUGCUGACGGCAUGUGGCCAGGGACCGGCCAGCUCAGGGGUCGUCAAGGAGGUCGUGAACUCGAUGCUGAGCUCAGGGUGCAACCCGAAUGACGUCACGUGGACGGCAGCGAUCGAUGCCCUUGGGAGGACCGGGGAUUGGCGCGCGGCAGAGGCUUGUUUUGCAAAGCAGCUCGACCGGCGAAGGGUGCCCCGGGCUCCCUCAUGGUGCGCGUUGAUCAAGGCAUACGGCGGCGCCGGCGAGUGGACGCGCGCACUCGCGGCGUUCGAGUCCAUGCGGAAAGCCGGCAUCGCCCCGGACACCCCGCACUGGACAGCUGUCAUCCGGGCGGUCGGGUCGGGGAAGGCCUGGGCUCGGACGCAGUUUGGGACGGUGAAAAACAUGCACGGGCUGGUGCGUGCGCUGUAUGCGCAGAUGAAGGAGGCGGGCUGUCCGCCGAACGAGGUGACCUACACCUCGCUGAUUCAGAUCUACGGCCGCUGCCUGCAUUGGCGCGCGGCGCAGGCCGUCUUUCACGAAGCGCUCCACGCCGCGGACAGGGGCGAGUGCGCUGUCAGCGUAGUUAUGUUCAACGCCCUGGCGGUGGCAUAUGCCGAGAGCGGGUGCUUCCGGCGACUGUGGGACCUGGUCAUGACGGACAUGGUGCACGAGUACGGGGUCAAGCCGGACAGGUUUACGUACACAAUCCUGAUAAAGGCGUGCGUCAAGAACAACAAGGGCCGCAUCUUGUCGGGGCAAGUGUAUCGCAAGAUGCAGGAAAGUGGCGUAAAGCCAGACUCGCGAACGUAUGACUGGCUGGCACAGGGAUACGAACAGACAGGACUGCCCGACAGAGCGUGGAAGGUACUGGAAAGCAUGGGUCCGUAAGGCGUCUUGGAAAAAACAUUGUUCGUUUUGGGCGUCUUUGCUGAAAGGUUUCCGUUCCGAUACCUGAAGACCUCGUGCAGAGAUAUUGGCUGUCUUUCAGAACCUUCUUAAGUGGAAAGAGGAAUCAAUCAAGGGAUGCAGGAUUAAUUUUGGAUCUUAAACGACGUUCUGUGUAUGGCUGCUACAUGGGAGCCGCCGCUGCUGCAAUCUGG